AUGCCUGAUGACAAGUGGGUUGUGGACAGGGCCCACAUGGCACUGAGAGCUAGAAGAGCAGAGGGUUCUGUACCCCGAGAUGUAAUCAUCCACUUCCAUUACUUUUUCACGAAUGAAGCUAUUAUCAAGUACAGCAGAGAGAACACACUACAAUAUCAAGAGGCUAAGCUCACCGUUUUCCAGGCUCUCUCAUACCAAUGAAAAACAUAUUAAAACCAUUUGGGGUCUGUGGAGAUGCAGUGAAUGGCCCGGUAGUACCAACUCCUCAAGCUAACCACACUAAAGGAUUUACUGGAAGCUUGAGGGAGAAUGGCGAGCAACAAGCUGAAAGCCGCACUUAUUGCCGAACUCAUGGAGAGUGACCAAAACAGUAAUACAGCAAUGGACAGCACUGAGGAGACUGAAUUUAAGAGGGAUGUCUGCUGAAGGCUCAGCAUCGUGGGGACCUAUCCCUCACAGGACAUCAUCGUCCAGAAAAUGGCUUAAGCAACAGAGGCACAGAAAGCUUGUGAGUCGAGAGCUGGAUCACAACAGGGGGAGACAAUUUCCCUACAAGGAUCUACAAAUGGACAACCAUGAAAGUUAAAAUAUGCAGCUUUUAAAACUUUCACAGAUGCUGAGAUGGAUAUUUAAAAUUAUUUGUAGGACUUUGAACGUCAGUGCACUUUGGAUGGACUGGAAAAGGCUAACUGGGCUGCGAUACUUAGCAACAAACUGUCAGGCAGAGCAGCAGGAGAAUACAGAGCAGUACCCGAUGCAGACAUUCAUGACUACGAAACAGUCAAGGAGACACUGUUAGCCAGGUAUGCGGUAACCCCUGAAGCUUAAAGAAGGAAAUUUUGUGUACUGAGAAAAGGGGGGGGAGAGAUUCGUAUGCCGAAUGGGCUUUUCGUAUGCACCGAGUCACCCGAAAUUGGUUGCAAGGAUGCCAGGCAACCACAUUGACUGAUGAAUUAUAAUUAUUAUUAUUAGAGCACUUUUUCGAUCAUACCGCACCGGAGGUUCGAGAUUGGGUACGGGACCAAAAAUCCCUAAAGGUGUAAGAAGCCGCUAGAUUGGCCGACAAGUUCCACGAUGGCAGAAGGCACGACUUUGGACAAGUUCAUAAAGAGGACCCUAAACUAGGGGUUAUAGGAGACAGGCAGAGGCCCUGCAGGGAGAUAUAGAUCAGGAAAGGUAUUAAUGGGAGAAAUUAUUACCAUACCGGAUGACUGGAGGGACUGGGAGAGAGGCAGCCCAAGUGCCGAAAAGACAAUUAAUAGUACCCCCAAAUACCGUGCUGAGCUAUUAAAACUCAGCCAUGACAUUCCCCUAUCAGACCAUCUAGGGAUUUGAAAAACUAAGGACUGACUGCCUGUCCUUUUUCUGGCCCUGAGUCAUUUAAGACUUACAAGCCUACUGUAGGACAUGAGAUGUGUGUCAGAGGGUAGGGAAGAUGGUGACCACCCCAGAGCCAAAUUGAGACCCCUUCAGGUAGUAGAUGAGUCCUUCUACCGGGUAGCGGUAGACCUUGUGGGACUAGCCCCUUCUGGAAGAGACAGUACAACCCGCUUUUGCAUAGACUACCGAACGACUACCGAACGACCGAACCGUUACAGACAUCUACCCUAUGCCCUGAGUGGAUUAACUGUUAGACUGCAUGGCAGGAGGGAAUUACUUGACCACUAUAGAUUGAUGCAAGGGAUAUUGGCAAAUCCCCCUCGAAUUUGAGACCAUUCCUCAGUCCGCAUUUGUCACUCCAUUUUGCCUUUUGCCAAUUCAAGGUUAGGCCAUUUGGGAUGAAGAAUGCACCGGCUACCUUUCAAAGAAUGGUCGAUUGACUUCUAGAAGGAUUUCAGACAUCAAAAUCACUAUAGGAGCUGGGAACAUCUUCGACGGAUAUACUCAGUCCGAGUAUAGGGGAUCCGUUACAGGAUCUUUAUAAAAAGAAAUAAAGAAUAACACACAAUAUAGUAAUAACUUAAAGGAAACGUAUUUAAAGAUUCUCGCACAGGGUUAUCACAACUUCUAUAUGGAAAUACAAUAUACCCAGAUUUAAGGUACACUAUAGGCACCAAAACAACUUUGGCUUAAUGAACCAGUUUUUGUGUAUAGAUCAUGGUCCUGAAGUCUCACUGAAGUGUCACUGCUUAAUUCUCUGCCAUUUAAGAGUUAAAUCACCUUGUUUAUACAGCCGUAAGCACACCUCCCUGCAUGUGACUUACACAGCCUUCCUAAACAUUUCCUGUAAACUGUCAUCUAAUGUUUAUACUUCCUUUAUUACACAGUCCGUUUAAUUUAAAAAAUUUUAUCUCGUGCUCUGUUAAUAACUUGCUAGACCCCCAGCAGCCUCCUGUAUGUGAUUAAAGUUCAAUUUACAGAGCAGGAAAUAAAAACUUCUGAAGUAAGCCAGCAUCUGAUUCUAUAUUAAACCAUAAAAACAACAUUUUGUUUCCACGCAGGCUGUGUCAGUCACAGUCAGGGGAGGUGUGGCUAGGGCUUCUUAGACAGAAAUAACAGUGAUAUAUAUUUAAGGCAUACAAUGUCUGAAACUAAAUUUAUUCCACCACAUAAAACAAUCAACAUCACAAGUGAAGUUCAAACCAGUGGGAACCCUGCCUUCGUAUAGAAAAUUCAGGUAUUUUGAACAUUUGACUAAAUCACUGCCUCUGUUUCGGGUUAGCUCAUUAUAUGUUGUGUAUCUGCAGAUAUUUUACAUCUGCUCUGUUAAUAAUAGGGCAGAUUAUGGUUUUGCUAGCUGGAGUCGAUUUAAUUUGUUAGUGUGUAAAUUAAUGUGUUCUCUCUUUCUCUCUUUAAAUGUGUCGUCUAUUCAAAAUAUUGUUUGGUGGUAUCGUAAUUUAUAAAAUCUAGAUUUGAAGAGGUACGUUCAAUACUACAAGAAAUAAAACUUUCACUAAUAAGUAUCCACCGUCAUACCUGGUCUUGUACCUUUCUAUUGAGCCAACUAGAUUAUUACUUUGAUACCAAGGUAAAUAAAGAAGGUAAUAAAAUGGUCUCCACCCUAUACUACCACCCUUUAGAACAUCCUCCAGUUAGUUGUCGGAAGACGACAUUGGAAGAUAUUUAUUUAUAAUAGUUAUUACAAGAAUAAAAAUGAGGAAUAUAACUUGGCACAAAUAUGAGAACAUUUUGCAGUCUAGAAUAACGGAUUUAGUAAGAUGUUUAGUCAAUGAUAUAUACACAUUUCAGUAUCACGAAGACCAGGGCCAGGAUAAGGCCAGGAUAAAAUUAAAGUGAAGAACCAACUAGGGCUGGGUUAGAAAUACAUGUCCAAAAUAAUGAAUAUCCCACUGAUUACGGUCGAAUCCAUCCUAUAAAUAGAAAGAGCAUGGCUGGACCUUUCACUCAAUCCAUAUAAAUGUCAGCCGUGGUCUCUGUGCUGAGCCCAUAACAGUGGCGGCUUUCUAUUUUCAUACACAUGAUUGUGAAAUCAUUGUCUCAGCGCAGUAUUUCUCGAGAUGGUUUCCAUAAAACAUCAGGGGUUGGCUGAGAUAGGUCGCUCACAUCCUGGUUGAAGUGGACAUGAGUGAAGAUGGCAUAUAGGGGUAAACACACAUUGUUUCUUUCCACAGAUACCUUUUUUGAUUUAUGCAUUUUCAAGAUGAUGUGUGGUUACAUUUGCUCUCUGGUGUUCCUUUAAGUGUAUUAUGUAAAAUGAGGAAGGAGUAAGCUCUUGGCAUUGCCAUUUUAUUUAUCUUUUAUAGCUCCGAUUACAGCAAUUUCCACUGCAGCUACCAAACAGACAAUGGUACGGCUUUUACACAAUCACUGAUACUAUCUCUUGCCUCAACAGAAAAAAAACCACAGACAACAACAUGUGAAAAGUCUACAGAAUCUGACAUGGAAUCUUCUCAAACAAGAAUGGGAGAACGGACAACUGCUUGUGUAAAACCGAAAGUGUCAUCAACAUCGAAACCAAGAACAAAACAUGAACCUAACCUAACUUAUAAGACCAGCACGAAAUCCAAAAUCACUGCCAGUAAAAACAAGAAACCCACCAUCCCAGCAAGAUUUAGCCUACCCUCAAAACCCAUCUCAAUAAGUAGACCUAAAUCAAUCGCAAAGACAACAGCAAGACCACUGACACACUACAAAACCAGAAAGCCCAACAAAACUCAUACAAAGGUCAAACCAAAGCCAAGCUCCAGAACCAAUACCAGGGUCAAGCGCAACAUAGAUUCGCAGAUAAAUCAUAGAAACGCAGAUAAAAAAAUGCCUGAUAUCUGCUCCAGAAAUACAAAUAUCACUACACCCUCGGCCACUACUACAGCGAGUCCUUUAACAGGCAAUGUAUCCAUCACUCCAGCUGAAACAGUGGGUUCAAUAGAGAAGUCUAUCUCCCCCUUGGAGUUCACAUGCAUGAACCUGAAAUACAAUGAUGCUAUCAAAAAUAGGACAUUUAAUAUGUUAAUCUUGAAAGGGGUAAGGAAGAACUUUAACCUUUAAAAAGCAUUUUUUUCUUAGGAAUAAUAUCUCAGUUUAUGGGUAAACCUCACGAUUCACAUGUCACCACAUGCUGAACCUCAAGCAUGCUGUCUCUACAGAUCACAAAGUGAUCGGUGCUGAGCAGUUGGCAAAGGCUAUGACAUGAAAAUUCCAGCUAGAAAUAAUUAGCUGCCCAAAACCAAUGUAUUUAGACCAAUUUUGUGGAAUGUUUCAGUUCCUUGUCAAACUUGAUCUGUGGGUGAUGAACGUAUAAAGCUGUGGUCAACCUCCCAGGUGAUCCGUAUCCAUGGUCCAAUACAUGGAUUAACAGUCAUUCUAUGCUUGGCACGUUGUAUUAGGCGUUUUACAGACAGGGAGAAUAAUAUAGAUUAGAAAUUAGCAAACACAACACUUUAUAACUCUUUCAAAACACAUGCCAUCGAGGAUAAUUAAUUUUUAACUUUAAACCGUAUGUGGGUUUUAACCCCUCGUGUUUAACCAGUCACAGCUUCACCUCACACCUGGGGAACCAAGAUGGUGGCACAGAUAAAAUUAACAAGUGUGAUGCUAAAGAAAGGCAAAAGGGCUGGGGAUGAACCCGGGAAUGUCAGUGAUAGAACAAACUGAGAAAUAAGUGGGAGUGAAUCGAAGCCAGUGAAAGGUGGAAGGAUGGAAAUAACUUGAGUAAAAAAAAGUGUAAGCAAAAAUGCAGGAGGAGAUAGGAGGCUUGGAAGAAAAGAGCAAAUAUGGCUGAAGUGAGAGAGUGAGGAAAUAUAUUUAGAAAUUAAUAAAACAGGCGUGGUGAAAAAAAAUAUAGCAAAACAAAAAUAAGCAGGGAGGGAAUAAUCAGAAGAAGACAGCAUGAGAGAGUCACUAAAGACCAUCUGGAACGGAUGAGAAAGGGUAAAGAUGGCUGGGGCAGGACAUCAUGUAAUAUAUGUAAUAUAUUAGAUCAGUAUACGAAUUCAUUUUCAGUAAUAGUAAUAAUCAUUUUAUUGCAUUAUUACUGCCACAGUCUACAUUAUGAAAUGCUUCACAGGAAUACUCAGGUAUCAGGGAUAAAACCAUUUUAUGAAAUUAAUUGUUCACUCUUUGUAUUUUCUUCACAGGUUAACAGGAUAUUCAAUUACUUCCCAUAUUAUGUCACCUCAGAGAUAGUUAUGUUGAGGUAAGUGUCAAUUAGGAACCGACUGAGACCGAGAGGUGGUUAUGGUACCAAACACGUAACAGAGGUAUCCUUGCUAAGCACUGGACUCUGGAAUUAGAUUACUUUGGGCAAACAUGGUUUUUGUUUUCAUUUCUCCAUUUAUAAUCAUUUUGAAAGUGUUCACGGUUUACAGACGGAGGUCACUGUCCAGUAUCUGAACCAACAACAAUCAUGUGAUUUAUUGUUCCACCAUAAUUUAAUGGUUUUUCUUUAUGUGUGCCAAUGCAUAGUAUAUAAAUAGCUUUGUAAAGGACAGGGCUUCCCUUUAUUAUCCUAUAUAUUUAUCUAACUCAACAUUAAGCGUGAGUAAAAUGUGAAAAAUUUAAACAAUUGAAAUAAAACCUUUCACAUUUUUGCUUAUAAUAAUGUUACACAUUAUGAGCAACUAAAGACAAAGAACUCAUAAUAGAUGCAUGUAUCCUGACUAGUGAUGUCCCGAACGGUUCGCCGAACGGUUCGCGAACGGUUCGCCACAAACGGUUUGCCGCUGACUCAUCAUUGAGUAAACUUUGACCCUGUACCUCACAGUCAGCAGACACAUUCCAGCCAAUCAGCAGCAGACCCUCCCUCCCAGACCCUCCCACCUCCUGGACAGCUCACUAAGAAUGCAGCUUCAAAAUGGAUGCUGUCCAGGAGGUGGGAGGGUCUGGGAGGGAGGGUCUGCUGCUGAUUGGCUGGAAUGUGUCUGCUGACUGAGGUACAGGGUCAAAGUUUACUCAAUGAUGAGUCCGUGGUGAACAGUUCGUGGCGAACAGUUCGUGGCGAACCGUUCGUGGCGAACCGUUCGGGACAUCACUAAUCCUGACUGUUAAAUGCCUUAUAUGUCUAGAAUGUAAAUUAAUGUUUUAUAGUUAAUGCUGACCCUAUACCACCCCCCACGCUAUACCAGGAGCAAUUAGGACCCGUAAACCAACAGUGGAGACCUAGCAUCCCACCUUUGGGCAUCAGAUGGGUUACUUUCUACCCAUGAGCUGUAGAUGUGGGCUCUACAAUAAUACUUUGGUAGUGGGGCGUUGGGGGACACACGCCGGCUUGUCAGCAGUAACAAACAUAUAUCCUUUACAGAGUAGGGUUUUUUUUUAUCAUUUACCAUCUAGCAAGUGGAUUUAUUUACUGAAUUUGUCAGGUAUGGUAAGGGUUAAUGCAGGGGUUAAAUUGGUGGCUCAGAGCACUCUGAUUGGUGGGUUUAAGCCAUCCAAUCAGAGUGCUCUAACAGGUAAAUGAAGAGACUGACAGGUAAGUCUCUUCAUUUACCUGUCACAGCACUCUGAUCAGAUUUGACUCAUAACUCUCUGAUUGGUGGAUUAAGUAACCAAUCAGAGUGUUAUGAGUCAAAUUACACAGCGUGGGAAAAUUCCAAAGAACUUUCCCACGCUGUGUAAAAUGACACAGAGUACUCUGAUCUGAUUGGUGGAUUUCAAGCCAACCAAUCAGAGUGCUGUGGCAGGUAAAUGUAGAGACUUACCUGUCAGUCUCUUCAUUUACCUGUCAGAGCACUCUGAUUGGAUGGCUUAAACCCACCAAUCAGAGUGCUCUGAGCCUAAUUGCAGGGCGGGGAAAGGCUUUAUAAGUCUUCCACUGCCCUGCAGAGCUCAGUUUGCGCGGAGCCCUCCAUGGGUGAAGAUGGAUAAUUUUUUUUUUUUAAAUUUUAUUUUUAUUUUUAAGUGCGUCGGUUAGUAUGGCUUUUUAUUUGCCUUUUUUGGGGGGCUGAAAAAAGAAGAUUUUAGAAGAAAGAAAACAUCAAACGGUAAGUUUAUUUUAUUUUUUUUACAGGCACUUAGUUAAAUGGUCCCCCCUCAUUAUUGUUAGGGUGAGGGGGGUAGGUAGGGGUUAAUUUUUUUUGGGAACAUAUUGACUAGGGGUUUGGGGACCCUUAGUCACCUGGGGGAGAGGGGGUUAAUUUUUUAUUUAGGGCCCCCACCUGCCGCUUAAGGGUGGGGGCCAGAGGGAAGGACAUUAGGUCCCCCCCCAAUUAGUAUUUAGGGCCCCCACCCACCGCUCAGGGGUGGUGGCCAGGGGGGAGGACAUUAGGUCCCCCCCAAUUAGUAUUUAGGGCCCCCACCCACCGCUCAGGGGUGGUGGCCAGGGGGGAGGACAUUAGGUCCCCCCCCUCAUUCUAAUUUAGAGCCCCCACCCAUUGCUCAGGGGAGUAACAAACAGAAUCUAUUGGGGAGUUGCUGGAGGUCAUACGCAAGCUGGGAUCUAGUGCUGGGCUUGUGGGAUGACUAUUACUUUGUCCUGAUAGGUUUAUCUGAAACCAUUGCCAUUGCUUUUGUUUGUUUCUUCUGGUUACUUGUUUCAUAGUUAGUAUUGCAGCUGUUUGUGUGAACUGUUUGCCAACUGACAGUACUAUAAUAAUUAAAUAAUUAAAACCCCUCCACAGUGUUUGAAUGUGACGGUCUAACUCCCUUUGAACGUCCUAGGUUCCCUUUCUCUCAGCAGAAAGUGUAUAAUCCUUCCAGGCAGAAUGUAGAUACAGGCAUAGCAUACCCCCCCCACAUGAGCCGAGUGUUAAGACCUGCAGUGGUUAUGGUACUGCAGUCUUCUAUUCCUUUCCCAAUAGCUGAGCAUAAGGGAUUAUAACUGCAGUUGGGAGGUAGAGGAAUAGUGUAGAUGAAUGCAGCUUCCAAGACGAUUCUCCCCAACAAGUAGAAUAUUUUAAGUGCGUCGGUUAUUAUGGAUUUUGAUUUGGCCUUUUUUGGGACUGAAAAAAUAAGAUUUUAGAAGAAAGAAAACAUCAAAUGGUAAUGUGACGAAGUGCCUGGAGGGGACUACUGGCUAGCCUCCUGCCUUCCGACUAUGGCCCAUGUGCUGAUAGCUGUAUUUUACCCUGCAGAAAGGUUUAUUUGUGUAUUUCUGCCGGGGCGUUCGGGACUUUCCGUAUGUGAGUAGUGUUACCCCAGAUAGCUAUGCCAUGGAGCCUAGACUAUGGAAAAGACUUGGGCUCCAUGGCCGUUGAACUGUAUGUAGGUCAUCUGAGCGCCAUUCGAUAAUAAUGUGCGCUCAGAUCUAAGCUAUCUGGGGAUAUGUUGCAUGUAUAUGUUUUAUGUAGUAAUUGUAACAUUGUGUAAUUUUAUGCCUUUUUGUAACCAUGUGGUUAAUGGAGUCUUGCUUCUGUCCUGGGAGAUAAUUUGAUUACUUCCCAAUUAUCUCCAGGAUAGAGAGGAGGGAUUGUGAUGUCACUGUGGGAGUGUUUUGUUUGUAUUGUCUGUGAUUUUCUUAUAUCCAAUAUGUGUCCCAUUGUUCCAUCAGGCCCCCUAGAGGAGUGUCCACCUGGUGGACACUUGCAUAAAUACCGGGCAGGUAGCCCUCAAUAAACCAGACCUACUUGCACCUUUCUUGAAGCCUUGGCUCAUGCUUGGGGGAAGGGAUACCUACACUCUGGGGAUUGCUAUAAUCACUUACUCCCCAGAGUAAGCUCUUGUAAGAGCUUGAUUUGUUCCUGCUACGUUUAGGAGAGGUUCACCCACUGGGAGCUGGAUCCUGGUCGUGGAUCCAGGGUGGGUGAGAGACAGCGAGACCCCGGCGCAGCUGCAUCGCUGGAAGUGGGGUCCGCAGUGCUGAUGGUGUCGGUUUAAGUGCUCUGAGUCCUCGGCAAGCGCUAGGAGCAUCGAUUGGCGGAGGUACUCGGUCGGAGUGCCAGCAGUCCGUCACAUUUGGUGGCAAGCUGUGGGAUGGCGUCCUAGUGGGAGGACCAGCAGCUUGGAGACACCGGUAAUGUGUGGAGUUACGGAUUUAUAGUUGUAUGUGAUCUGAGUGCCAUUUGGUAAUAAUGUGCGCUCAGAUCUAAGCUAUCUGGGGAUAUCUUGCAUGUAUAUGCUUUAUGUAGUAAACAUUGUGUAAUUUUAUGUCUUUUUGUAACCAUAUGGUUAAUGGAGUCUUGCUUCUGUCCCGAGGACAAUAGGUCCCGCCCCCCUUAUUUUACUUUAGGGCUUGGGAGGGAGACGUUUUUUGUUUUUUUUUUACUUACAGUGAGCAGGCUGCUCACUGUUUAAUAGACAUGCCCCUACUUGCGGUAUAGCAAGUAGGGGCAUAAUUUAGUAAUACUAAGUAAUCUUUACUUAGUAUUAGUAAAUUUGGCUGAAAGACCAAUUCAGAUCUUUCAGCCUUUUAGUAGAUAGCUCCCUAAUACCGUGGGAAUUUGGGAGUUAUCUACUUAUUCAUUCCUGUCAUUCCAUUGACAGGCUAAGUAACUUACAUUUUAUAUGAAUGUAUGUGUAACGGAACUCCCCGUACUCCGACUGAGUACCUUCCGUUGAUGGACGCUUCCUAGCCUGCGCCAAGGAUCACAAGCACCGCACUGGACACCACAACCACCGCAGACUCCACAACCGCCGUAGCUUAACUGGAGUCUCGCCGUCUUCUGUCCACUCUGGAUUGGCUUCUGUCCUCCAGGACCAUGUGGGGAAGACCUCUCCUCCAGGAGAGCGUAUCAGGAACAAGCUCUUAAAACAGCUAAGUGAUUAAAGCUCAAGGAGUAUGCAGAGCAUAGCAAUCCCCUGUGUGAUUAUAGCAGUUCCCUCCAGUAACGAGAUGAGGCUACGUUUUGAAGGGUAAAGAAGAACUGAAGCUUUUAAUCAAACACUCUGCUUUUAUGCACAUUUUACACACAUAGUACUGCCCACAGGGUUUUGCAGAACAACCAAUCAAUAUGUACAAUACACUCAGACACUCCCACACAUAAUCCUCCCCUCUGCCUGUGAUAUAAUUACUGAACACAAUGGUCUAACUUAAUUAUCACAGGCAGGAAAAUACACAGUUUUACACUAUAUUCAUAACUCUAAAAGUAUAUAUCACAUUCACAUAAAACUUACAGAACCAGCAUACUCCAAAUACAAACAUAAGUCAACAUCAUACAAAUUGGUCCAGUGGGUCAAAAGUUAGUUGGAAACCCCCGUUGUGACCACCUGCAAGCAUGGCUUGGGUGUGGAAAGCCAAUUACCUCCAGCAUACAAAAAAUAGCUCUAUUCACAACAACAGUAAAAACACAUAAAAAUACAUAAUUCCUAUUAUACUUAACAGAACUCUCACAUUCAACCUAUCCCCAGAUAGCUUGGAUCUGAGCGCUCACUAUAUUCGAACAGCGCUCAGAUACCACAACCACAGUCAAAUCGCCAUGGGGUUAAACCAUAGCAACAAGUUCCAACUGGCCUGGCAGUGUCCCUGGGACAACGCCCUGCUGGAGAACAAUAGACAGGAAACAGGGGAGGGGAAGAGACACAUCUUCCCAUGGAUUCAAAUGGACAGAAACAGUCUUUUAGAAGUCAAUAAGCCCCAAAUAGUCUUUUUAAAUGGCAAUACACCCCAGGGACAGUCAUGAGGGAGGAGGCUGGCAAUCAGUCUCCUCCAACAGCCAGGGGCAAAGGUCAGUUGGUCAUAUAAAAAUCCAGUGACAGUAUGUUACUUGAUUGUUGUAAGUGUUGCAAAUGCUUACAGCUGAAUCCUGGCUAUGCUUGUAUACUUUUUAUUUAAACUUGUAUACAGUGUAACAUUCUUCUUCCACUGGGUAAGUAUAUUAGUACUUAGGCAAUACUUCAGAACUUCGGCAACUUCGGAACUUCAGCGCUUCAACACUUCGGAAAUUCGGUAAUUUCGGAACUUCGGGACCUCGCCAAUUCGGCACUUCGGACAUUCGGUAGUAUCCGAAUGUACGAAUUGCCCGAAAUUCGUCCGAAUUCAUAUUCGGACCGAAACGGAUUGCACAUUGUAACGGACCAUUUUGCCCACAAGAGGUUAAAAACCGUUUAGGCGAUAUUCCCCUUUCAGAUGCACAGGCAGCUACUGCAAGCACCAAUCUCCCGAACUGCAAACUACACGAAUUCACCAACUCCCGAACAGGAAACACACGAACACUGGAAACAGCUGAACAGGAAAAACCAUACGAAAGGUUUACACUCCUGGCAGUCAGCAUACAAUCCAAUUCCCCCAAUGACGAGACGACACUUCGUUUAAGGGUUAAGCAGAAUCUCGUUUACUGGGGCUACCUGCCCGGCUUUUAUGCAGGUCUCCCACCUGGUGGACACUCCCCUAGGGGACCAGAUGGGAAACUGGGAAACAUAUUGGCUCUUAGCCAAUCACAUACAUACACCUUUAAACACUCCCACAAUUACAUCACAAUCCCUCCUCUCUGUCCUGGAGAUAAUUGGGAAGUAAUCCAAGGACAGAGGCAAAACUCCAUUAACCACAUGGCAGUAAAAAUACAGUAAAAGACAUAAAAUUACAUACAGUCACAUUUAUUACCUAAAACAUUUACAUUCUACAUAUCCCCAGAUAGCUUAGAUCUGAGCGCACAUUACUACCGAAUGGCGCUCAGAUCACAUACAUACAGUUCAAUCGCCAUGGAGCCAAAGUCUUUCCCAUAGUCUUUCGUUACACGAAUAGGCUCCAUGGCUUAUCUAUCUGGGUGAUGCUGUUCAUCCGGUUAAACUACCGAAUGAACAGUCAUUCGGUUCUACUACCGAAUUGGAAGGUAAGGAGGCUGGCGGCUCAGCGGUGUUCGCACCAAUAAGUGUCCGUUUUCAGUUCCAUAGUUUGGGCGCUGAACACCGCUGGCCGUUCGGGAGGUAAAAUGGCCGCUGCCACGUGUUCGGUGGACGAACAAAGGCCACCCAGCGUUCAUCAAUUAAGCUGCGGUUAACCGCAGCUUCUGGGCGGUCAAUUGACGGCACACUCCAGCUCCCAGGUGGUCCAUCGUUCGGUAGUUUGUUCGGUAGAUUGAAUCUACCCAGCACCCCGGCAGAAAGGCGCGAAUAAACCUUUCAGCAGGAGAAAUAACAGGGCUGAACUGCAGGGCCAUAGUCUAAAGGGAGCAGGCGAGCAACCAGGCUUCUCCAGUGUACAGUGACGAAGUUGGUUCCGCCACACACAUGUCUAACAAACAGCACAGAUUACUAAUACCAGAGGAAACGGUCUUAAACAUCACCUACAUUAUCACCAAUUAAAGAGGAAUAUGUCAAGCUGCCAUGCCCCCUCCCCCCAGUCACCUGGGCACAAACUGACCCACCCCCAGAGUUAACAGUCCCUACAAUGACUGAAACUGAAAUUCAUGUGCCAAUAGUGUUCCUGUCUUUGUCCUGUUAUUUUAUUUGAUGUUCUUAUUUCUAGUGAUGUUGGAGCAGUGAAGAUCUUUAUGUAUUUGUGGUUUGUGGGUGGGCCGCUUAGCUCCCAGACCGUCGCUGAUGCAUGCGCUAAAGGAGUGUCCAAGAAAGACGUCUUUUUCAAGGGGGUCAAGAUAGACUACAUCAACUCUGGAGGUGAGUGACAACGUUUCAUAUAGGGACAAUUUCUGUGAGAUCGAUUACAAUGAAAUAGGGAAACAAUACAUUAAUAGAGUUACAGUAUGUGUUUCCUGCCACUGUCUUAUAUCUCGUGGGUUUAUUCAGCCCGGGCACUCAUGAAGGGGACAUGACAUGCGACACUCUGUAACCAACAUCACAUCAUCAUAUCCAGUGGUAUUUCCCAGAAUUCUCUACACAGGAAGUAACCUCACAUUCAGGCCAUUUAUCCAAAGCAUGUAAGCCUGUGACAGCAUGUGUGCAGGUAGUGGUUACUGUGUAGUGCGACCAACCUUCUUUACCAACCAUUUUCCCCCCAAUAAAACCUGAGACAUAUUUGUGGUAUAAAACAGGCCACAGCUUUAUUUAUAAAUUCACAAAUAUAUAUUCAACCAAUAAAUAACCAUUUACUAACAAUAUCAACAUGAUAUACAAAUAACCGCAGACUUGUCCUUGCCAACCCAUUCCAGCACCAAACACGAGUACUGCUGGACGCCUGCCCUCCCCCUUCAUCCUAACCACCACUUGACCUCCAACCUGGCCUUAACUUACCACCAUGCCAACCACUAAUCGGCCUUUGGCUCAGUUGGCACGUCCGAAUGUCCAACCAUUAACCAGAGGUUAGGGGAGGGAUCAGCCCUAACCUUCCUUCUUCCCCUUGUACUCUUGCUCCAAACCUCUUGGCAAGGACCAUACCCGCCACUAGCCCCGCUGCUUAACCCUAAAUGAGUGGGUGCGACACCCCACCAACGCCAUAGCCUGUUUUAGCACGUCUUGCAAUGCUAAAUUAAAUAAAUCGAGGCCCACGUCGGUCAGGUGGACCCCGUCAGAGCGAAAAGAGACCGCCACAUUCAGUGCAAAAAUGUGGUGCCGAACCGUCAGAUCCCCCGUACCCAACACAAAAUUUAGAAACCCGUUUGUUUAGUUUGAUCCUGCAGUGCUCCAUGACCCUCUGAUCGCGAGCGCACCUCCAAUAGUUACGGGCCACCAUCUCAGACCAGACCAAACAAACCCGUGGAAAAAGCACCAGUAAGCACACCAGAUCCUGCUUAAUCAUAUCCCCACACUGGCAUUGCUCCCAAAUCGUUGCCCCCAAGGUGUAUGAGCAACACGUCUGGGGCCCCCAGGAGACUACUUACGGAAGCAGCUGAACCCAUCACAUGCCCCGAGUCCCAAACCAUCUGUCAUCUGCCGACUCAGUAGAAAGGCCGAGACGAGUCCCACCAGGUCGAACCCCUGCACGGAGAUGGGCCCAAUAAACAUAGGAAUGGCCGACUAACCAGACCCGUUGGCUGCACCCUGCGGAGAAAACACAUGGGAAAACGCAAUCAGCCCGGUUGGGCGCACAUAGGACCGAAUCCUCCCAGACUUCCAUCUACCAAUCCUCUGGAUAGCCUGCUCGGAGAAGCCCAAACGAGAAGCUUCUGUCGCUUCCCCGAUCCGGAAGGACUGUAGACUGUGGGCAAACAGAACAAUACCCCUGGAAGCUCGAUACAGGCCACACCCUCGACCCUGAAUUUGCCUGAAUUGUGACCCAAACCCCACGAACAUCGGUUUUUGAGCGCCGCAAGAGGAAUCGAAUCACCCCAAACGCACAUGAUACGUCCGUAAAGAGACUCCCACCUGGCACCCGUUUACUGGGACUCACCAGCUCCCAGACCCGCAGAGCCCCAAAGAAGGCAAACGUGAAUCUGAGGAAGGACUAACACAAUCCCCAAUCGCAAUGUUAUUUUUUGAAGGCCCUGUGCAGCCUCGACUUCCCCCCGCAUAUACCGCAACUUGUCCACAGGUAAGUGGCAUUUCCCCUCAACAGAAUCAAUCUUGAUCCCGAAAAAACUCAAACACGUUGUGGGGUCCACUGUCUUAUCGGGACCCCAAAGGAACAGGCAACAUCUGCGACCAACUUAAGGAGCUGAGCACACACUGGAGACUGGUUGGGACACACGGUCAAAAAAUUGUCAAGGUAAUAAAGGAUGGAGUUGUAACCCAACUCCACCCUCACCACCCAUUCCAAAAAAGAACUGAAGCAUUCAAAAUAAAAACCUUAACUCGCACAUCCCAUUGGGAGGCACAUGUCCACAUAGUAUUGCCCUUCGGCACAACCCAGGAGGUGAUGACAUUCUGGGUGAACCGGGAGGACCCGAAACACCGAUUCCAUGUCAGUUUUUGCCAAUAACACCCCCUGUGAUGGACCGCUGGCACUCCUCACUGACCAAAGGUUACAACAAUAUGCAUGUGCCACCCUGUCACAGUGAGGGAUCCAAAACCCUCGAACAGCAAGGCUACCACCUUCCCAUUUCUAUAAAGGCUUAGCCAGGAGUGCAUCCCGCCGACGUCCACCGGCGUCCUCGCCCUUAACGCCCAGAGCAUUCCCUUUGUCUCCAGACCUACCCCGCUUAAAGCAGCAGCGGGAAGCGGGAUGGGAUCCCCCGCAUCUUGAGCACUUGUGUUUGAAACUACAGCUAGCGCUAUGCUUUCACUGGCUGUCAUUGUACUGCCAACAACAUCCGGCUCUCCACUGACCAGCCGACGCAGCAAGCAAAGUUCCAUUCGCCGGCUCCCCAGAGAAAGGAUGAGAGGCCUCCUUGGUGCAAGGCUGGGCAAGUCAUGAUCGCCAGCCAUAGGCCGAUAUCCAUUUGGUCCCAGCCUGUGGAAGGGCGGACCGCCAAACGCUGGUGGAACUGCUUGUCGUACCACCCCGUACCCCCAUACACCCGACACGCAUUCCAAAUAAGAUCCUGGUAACAAAAAAGAGAACAACAUUUCUCUGGUGCCUUUUCCCCAAUCAUGCUGGCCAGGAUGGAAAAGGUCUGAAUCCAAUUACUCUGAAUCCAAUUACCGAAGGUCUUCGAGAUUUUCCUGUAAUGGAAAUGCUCCUCUUUCUCCGACUCCUUAGCAUCGUUAUCCACCGGGGGCAUGUCCUCCAAGGGGAGGAGGGAAUAAAUUUCCACAAACUCCCCUUUCCAAAUUUUUUCCCAAACAUCCAACUUCAAGUGCAGGCCCAGUGGGCCAGACCAACACAUGUAAGCCACACCAUGCGUGGCUUGGGCUACCUCGCCGCCAGAGGCUGACACCGGCGCGAAAAGAUGCUCGGUAGCCAACACAGGAACCACCAGCGGAAUGACCUAUAGUGCUGGAGCUGGGCCCGCAACGGACACCCCCCGGCGAUGGAGUCGACGUAGCGACCCCAGGUGCAAUACCCACCCAGCCUUCCUGAAUCUGGCUAUCUAAGGCAGUGGACAGCGGAGACACAGCUUGAGUGCUACGCUCCCAGGAGUCCAAGAAACUCUUCAUGCUCCUAACCAAGUCACCCCAGCCUGAAACCCACCCGCGCCUGCGCCCCCCUCUACCCUCCCCCACCCUGCCGGAAUACUCACAGAUGGGCACCUGAGACGUAGGCAGCAGUGAAGCCGAGCCAGGACCCCCAGGCAGAGCUGCAUCCAAGGGAACCGCAACAGCUGGAAGGACCGCACGAGUCACAGUAGUGGAAAACUGGAUAGGAAGCUGUUCAGGAGGGACCUGUGAAGACAGCAGAGGUAAGUGAGAUCCCAACCCACCCCAGCAGUGACCAACGCCUCCUCUGUCUCCAUGCCCUAGGGAGCGAGACAGUCCCCACCAAGGUACAACCCCCAGGGUCUAUCUGCCCCUCAUCCAGGCCACUAAUCCACUGCUUUGCAGACUCCUCCUCCCCACGCCCUGCGCCUGGUGUCUCCUCCCUAAUGGAACCCCCUGCCUGACGUCGGCCCUUCCACUCUCCCCCACCCCAGAAAAGAAGGAAAACCCUGCUCCACCCCUGACUCAACAAGGGGGCAACAGCCCCCUGCCCCAAGCCUGAUUGCCGCCUGGCCGCCAUGGGACCCCUAGACCCCCCCAGCAUCCCUGUAGUCUGCCAUCCACCCCACCCCUGCUUCCCCAGCAACCCCGGAGCCCACAAUGCCAGAAAGGGGUCCCCGCCCUAACCCAGCCACCCCCUUCCCCCUUUGGGGGCCCCAGGAGCACCCAGACAGCCCUGCACCCCAACCCCCCCCCGACUACUAAACUCAGGCCGAGCACCAGGAUCCCCCUUCCCGCCCAAGGGGCCCUCAGAGGGACUCCCUGCACUCGCCUGUAUGGGUCCGUGAGGCCCUGGAGCCAGCACCGCCACUCCCGAAGUCUCCACCAGGGGCCGCCCUCCCAGGCUGUAACCCCAUCCUGUGCGACCAUCCGGGGGGUCCACCAUCGCCCACAGGGGCCUCCAUUCCAAGCGCGGCCCAGUCCAAUUUGAGGGCCGCACUGCCAGCAUUCUGCCGCACCAAUAUAAGAAGCCCGUCCGAGGCUCCGGAGGCGCGCUGGGAGGCGGGGCCUUAA